AUGUUUUCAUCAUUGUCUUCAAAACAGAAUAUGUGGUCAAAAAGAUGCGGCCAUGUUUCUCUGUGGCUGGUCCACGUGACACUCUGGCUUGUUGGGACAUGUAGAGAUCCGUUACAUCUGUCGCCGUUUCUGGAGAGAGGCGAUAUCAGAUCUGCCUUGGAGCUCAGCGAAGUCAGGGAUCCCCAAAAAGUAAUCCCGAAGAGCUACGCUGGGUUUAUAACCGUGGACAAACAGCUGGGCAAUCAUUUGUUUUUCUGGUUUUUCCCUGCCAUUUCAGAACCUCUCGCGCCGGUUCUUGUGUGGCUGAAUGGCGGCCCUACAGUUUCUUCCAUGUUUGGUCUACUGUGGGAAAACGGACCUAUCAGAUUUACUAAAGACGUUGGAGCUGAUGGUAAUAAAACCUCUUACAAAAGAUGGGAGAAAUCCUGGGCAGAAUCGUUUGCUAUGCUAUAUAUAGAUAACCCAGUUGGUACUGGCUACAGUUAUUCAGACAGUGGUCAACGUGGAUGGAAAACUACCAACGAUGGAUACACAGAGGACUUGUUCUCUUUCAUUAGCCAGUUCUACAUAUUAUUUCCUGACUAUUUGAACACCCAGUUAUACAUCGGAGGACAGUCUUACGCUGGGAAAUAUGUCCCAUCUGUGGCUGUUAGGAUACACAAGGAAAUCAAGGCAAACAGAUCAUCGAUACCCCUAGCUGGAAUCUACUUGGGUGGCCCAUUAUUUGAUCCUUUUACCCAGAGUGUAUCACAGGGUCGGUUUUAUUAUUCUCUUGGAGCAAUAUCAUAUGCACAAUAUCUCAGUCACCAGAAAUCUGUCAGACAAUUAUUUGAUAGAAAUGACACACGUCGAGAAAGUAUGAGAACUAUAUUCCAAAAACUUACCAGUGUGAUACCGUACAUUGACAGUAAUUACCAUACGGGAGAGCACAUUGAUUACGAUCUGAUUCAAGAUCUCAUGAACACAAGACACAUUCGACAAAUGGUUCAUGUUGGGGACCAGCUGGAGUUUAAGGUAUCGAACCGAGCUCUUAAAGACAAGUAUGCACCUGACGUACUGAUAAGUACGAAGCCACAGCUGACAGAGAUCAUGGGCAAAUACAAGGUACUCAUUUAUUCCGGGGAUUUUGAUGGGAUCGUUACUGCUGUGAAUACUGAAGAAGCCAUUUUGUCGACACCUUGGUCCCUCCAGUGUGUUUACAAUGAGUCAGACCGACACAUAUGGAAGUAUGAUUCUACAGUUGUAGGUUAUUAUACACAUGUAGGCGGGUUCUGUCGAGUGAUUGUCCGCAAUGCUGGUCACCAGACACCUCACGAUCAACCGGACAUCACACAGAAGAUGAUGUUGGACUUUGUUCGUCACGGUUGUAUUCAGCAAGGUGCCAGUAAGUUGCUGCUUACAUUUUACAUUUACUUACCCUGUCACCUAUUCAUUCACUCACACAUUCACUCAUUCAUUGGCUAA